GCGGAGUUUCCAACGAGGAAGUGUUCGCUUACCGCGUGGCUAGUCUGUCAGAUGUAAACAAAGCCGCGGUCCUUUGGAUUCAGCCUCAAAUAUAACAUAACACGGCCAAAUUAUGGUGAAGUAACUGAGCCUUUUCGUUCUGUGAACUCCACGUAAGCUCCCUGGAUUCUUUACAAAAACGGCAACAUGAAGUUUUUGGACCUUUUUGGGCGCCUGAAAUCUGUGGUUAUUGGAAUGAUUCACGUUAAAGCCUUACCAGGCACCCCCCUGGGUUGUAUGAAGAUGUCCCAGAUCACUGAAGAAGCAUGCAGGGAGGCAGCAAUCUACCGUGAUGCAGGGGUUGAUGGUGUAAUCAUUGAGAACAUGCACGACAUCCCUUACUCCUUCUCCGUGGGCCCUGAGGUGUGCACCUGUAUGACUGCAGUGUGCACUGCUGUGAGAAGCAUCUGUCCAUCGCUGCCACUCGGAGUGCAAAUACUUUCCUCUGCCAACCAGGAGGCGCUGGCUGUGGCUCUGGCUUCAGGUCUGGAUUUCAUCAGAGCUGAGGGUUUUGUCUUCUCUCACGUGGCUGAUGAGGGUUUCCUGAAUGCCUGUGCCGGGGGCUUGUUGAGAUAUCGCAAGCAGAUUGGAGCUGAGCAUGUGCAGAUCUUCACCGACAUCAAAAAGAAGCACAGCUCCCAUGCCCUGACAUCAGACGUGAGCAUUGAAGAGACGGCCCGUGCCGCCGAGUUCUUCCUCUCCGACGGACUCGUCAUCACAGGAACGGCCACUGGGGUGCAGGCUGACCCGUGGGAGCUCAGAGACGUUUCCCAGUCUGUGAAGAUCCCAGUGCUCAUAGGUUCUGGAGUGACCUAUGACAACAUUGAACGCUACAUGGAUGCAAAUGGGAUGAUCAUCGGUUCGCAUUUCAAGGAGGGCGGCCACUGGGCCAAUGCAGUCGACCCGGCGCAAGUGAAGAGGUUCAUGGGAAAGAGACGUGACCUUCUAAAAUGAGAAAUAAAAUGAGAGAAUGAUGUUUAAAGAGGCCAUAUAAUGC